CGACUACCUAACCGCCGCCACCCCGACUCCGUCCAAGGAGAGGACUCCGGCCAACAGGCUGUCGCCGCCUCGACCCUCUCCCCUCUCCCCCGCUGACUCCGUUGCGACCGGCCUCCCUCCGCCUCUGCACGAACGCCGAGGUCCGGGACACCGGCAAGUAGCAUCGGUGGCCGGAUUCCCCAGCUCCCCAACCUCCUCCUGACGCCCAUUCCUCAUCAAGCAGCAGCUGACCAUCUGCCUCGACCUCCUCUUCAAGUACUUGUGUUGCUCCCGACUCCCGUUCGUGGACCAUCAUUGACAGCUCAAGUCUUGUCAUGGACCCCAAUAUGAAGCAGCUUCAAGAGGCUCUGGUUGACAUUGAAACUGAUGCAGAGCAACUUCUUCUGGCUAGGCAUCAGUUAGUGGAGAAUGAUAAGAUGAGGAAUGCUAACAGGGAGGCACUGACUGCCCUGCGCAAAAGAGCCAGGACAACCAAAACUAGUGUUCCAUCUCCCUUUGAUGUCAUAAUGAAGGAGAUGGAGGGAACCUCAGGCAAGCAGCUGGUAAAGGAGAUAUGCCCCACAUGUGGAAACCAUGACCCCAAAGAACAUACCUGGCUAAUGUUUCCAGGAUCAGAUAUUUUUGCCCGUGUUCCAUUUCAUGUAACACACACUAUUCUGGACAAAGAUCAAGAACGCCUAGACUAUGACACCAAGAAGCUGCAGAGCUAUGUGAAGGAGAAAUCAUUCCUGAUCUCUGAGAAAGGCGCCCUCGCGGACAAGAUCAGCCCUGGCAUCGUGAAAUCCCUUGUCAGCCUUACAGAUAAACCUAAGUAGGAACAUUUGACGGGACCAAGGUGGACUGAGCGUAAUAGCGAAUCAUGUAGGCCUGCUGCAGUCCGCAAGAACAUGUGCAUCCCCUAAAUGAAACGAAGUACUCUAUUUCAAGGUAGAUGUGGUUCAGCUGUGAUGUACCAGUACAUUACAACGAGGCAGGAUGACACGAACACGUAUAAUUUUACUGCAGUAUAUUGCGUUUACAUAAGCA